AUGACCGUGCCGGUCUCCGACAUCAUCGCUCUGGGUAAGAAGUCGGAAAACACUCCCAUGGGAGUAUUGGCUCCAAGAAUAAAGAAAGAGGAAGAGUCGGUACCUAAGAGGGACCAGGCCACUAGUACUACCACGCCUGGUCGAGGGAAAAUAUUGCCCGAUACCCCGCAGACCCGCAAUUCCCUCUCCCGAACGUUUGAGGGGGCACUUUUCGUCGGACAAUUAGUCUGGCUCGACAGCUCCAAGGUGGCGUUUGUCUUCUCUCAUUCGGUCGUGGUUACCUGCUGGUAUGAAGAUGCAGAUGUUGUUGCCUUGACUACCGAGGAGGUGGCCAACUAUAGGAUUCCUGAUGAUGACGGAGGGCACAGCAAUGGGAUGGCAAGGACUCCUCUCAAUGACUCCGUCUCGACUGCUGAUAUGGAUAGUGGUAUGUCGCAUACGGGUACGACCCCCAACACACCGCGACAGCACAGUAGAGGGCCUACAGAUCCGCCUGGCAUUGAUGAGAAGUACUGGGAGCUGCAGUAUGGACGAAAACAUAACGAGCAAUAUUACAUUGCUAGUCAUCGAAUCAACUUGGAAAAAGCAAAAGCACGAGUGAAGAACAUUCGCUUUGUGAAGAUCGGACGAGACCGUCCACUGUAUACGUGGUUUUUCUCUCCCUACCCUGCCGAGAUCGUCGAUCGACUGCGUUUACGGGCUGGUGACACGCGGAGCGAUCCUGUCACACAGUUGGACAUAUGCGAUCGUUGUUUCCGGCCCUUUGCUGAUGAGAUGGAAAUGUAUUCUCAUAUGGUCACCUGUUGCGAAAUUAACCCACCUGGGGCUCUUAUAUGGCGAAAAGUGUUGGAUGAGAAAGUGUUGGGCGUGGUGGAAGUAGAUGGGCAGGCGCAUCCGGAGUACUGUGAGAAUCUGGUCCUGUUCACGAAGCUCUUCCUCGAGGGUAAGAGCCUUUCCGAACACCAAAGUAAUCGGCGGGAUUUGGUGAAGUCCUUCUGGUUCUACAUCCUGGUAGAGUGGGACCAUCCAGAAGAGAUUCCCCCAUCGCCGACGUCCAUGCCGGUCUCGACGAGGCCGCCGCACUUUGUAGGAUACUUCUCGAAGGAAAAAGUCGACAAGCAGUUUUCGCAUAUCCUUUCGUGUAUCAUGGUGUUGCCGACGUUUCAACGUCAUGGCUAUGGCAAGUUCCUCGUCAACCUGGCCUUCGAGCUUAGCAAUCGCGAAAACAGACACGGCAGUGCGGAGAGGCCAUUUUCUCCCAGCGGGCAUAUACUUCUUCAUGCAGUGUGGGCUCGUAGGAUUAUAGACUUCUUGCAGCGAACACGUGAGGAGGAGGCGAGUCGGAGUUCAGUGGGAUGCACGGUGAACAUUGCGAGUAUAGCGCAUGGCACUAGUGUGAUCCCAAGUGACAUUUGGAGUACCCUCACUGAGGCUGGGUUGUUGCCAUCGCAGAAUAAGUUGCGGCCACGUGCUUCGGUUGGAGACGGGCUGCCGGUCUUGACACCAGCCAAGUUAGAGAGGAGGGUCAGCUGUGAUACGCCGACUAUCGAGGCACUUCAGAUGGUGGCGCGAGGAAGUGGGAUGCCUUUGAAUUCAUGUGAUGUGUAUUGGUCACCACCAAAAGUGUUUCGCGAAGGGGAAGGAGAUGAAUGCCCGGUGAUAUCAACGCGUCGGCGCACGGCUGCUAUGAAAGCACGGAGGCUUGGAAGUCCUAGUAGUGGCAGCCCAGCAGCGGCCGUGCAUGGCGCUACUUGGCUUGAAUGGUUGUCGAGGCAUCGAAAUGAACAGGACGCGCUGAAGAGAAUUAGCAGUGUUGAUAACAUGGCAUUGUCGUUGUCGACCUCGCCGAGUGGUGACACUACUCUGCCGAGUGUGAUGUACUCGUGGAGGGUUAAGGCGCUGAGGACUUGGAUGGGGGAGUUCAAAGCCGGCGGGGAAAGACAGCUUAUGGUUUCGGAUCUCGAGAGCUUGGGCCAUCUGGACCAGUACCACUAUCGUGGCCUAGCUGCAUGUGAUGAGGUUAUUGCCACUCUGGGCCUCGGCCCUGGUAUGAAGGUGCUUGACGUUGGCUGUGGUGUUGGCGGUCCUGCCAGAUAUAUAUCGUAUAAGUCGGGAUGCUCGGUGGUCGGCUACGAUGUGCAGGAGGAGUUAAUUGAAGUGGGGAAGGAAAUUACGGAGGCGGUGGGUCUGUCGAAUAAGGUCGACCUUGUUUGUGGUGAUGCUGCAAAAGAUAUGUAUGCUUCGGAAAAUAGAGAAAAGUUUGACUCUGCGUUCUCGCUGCUGGUGAUACUCCACAUCCCUGAUCGUGUAGCUGUUUUGAAGGCCAUGUAUGAGGCUCUGAAACCUGGCGGAUCGUUAUUGAUAGAAGACAUGGUUCAUCUCAUUAAGGAAGGGCCCUUCACUAUGAAGGAAGGGCAACUCCUUCGGGACAUGGUUGGAGCCCACAAGGUCUCCGAUGUGGAAAGUUACAGGAGAGACCUGUUGGAGGCAGGUUUUGUGGACAUCGAGUUCAGGGAUUUGACCAGCAUCUGGCGGCCGUGGUCGCAGCAGAGAUCGGACGAUUAUGAGGCGAGUAAGGAGCGACAGAUAUCUAGUAUUGGAGAAGAGCAUUAUUGCAAUCGUUCUAAGUUCUACGCUGCAGUGGCGGAGCUGUUCAGAGGAGGUCGUCUUGGCGGUGUGAGUAUCACUAUGAGGAAGCCAACAGUCAUGGAGAGGAAUUUGAUAAAGGGUCGAGCUGCUCUGGCGGAGGAGAGAAUACUCGAGGUCCCAUUGUCGAUCAUUGAGACCAACAAGUGCACGAAAUCGAAGGUUUUCCCCCUGACUGAACAUGACAAUUGGCAAUUCCAUUUUUUCGCGGCCGAUGAGAAGUCGAAAGUUAAAUAUCUCAGUUUUAGGAUGUGGUCGGCUAAAUCGCUCCCUCUACGAAUCUGGCUUUGGUAUGUCACUGAUGAAGGCGAAUCAGUGGUUGUGGUUGACUAUCAGAGUAGGAGCUUGAGCGCUCUUCAAGAAGUGUCUGCAGGCCAGGUAAGAAUCGAGUUGGGUUUGAUCGGAAGCUUGGUGCUCCAUGAUGAUGUUGAUGAUCCUAGAGGUGUCGGGGAGUUGGUGCUGCAACAUGAGGGCAACACUGAGAUGAUACACAUGCAUUUCUCCACUGAGGGUCUACACUACCCGUGGGAGGUCCCAGGCCAGGGAGAGAAGGUUAUUCAUCGGCCAUUCCUCAGGGGUGAUGUUGUUAUCAACGGUGAACACAUUUUGAUGCACGGUUACUCUAAGCGUUAUUAUGGUCCUAAUUAUGGCCCGGUGUGGGGGUAUCGAUUUAUUCAUACGAUGCUGAAGGAUGAGUCUACAGGAAAAGUGGAGGGAGUCUUAUGGACGGCUGAUGCCACUUUUGGAAAAAACAAAUACAACUAUUGGAAACUGCUCAACUUAGAUAGCGGCAAAGUCGAUUCCAUCCCUGGGGAAUUCACUUUCCAUCAACAGAGGAUGGCUUGUUCGUUGUGUGAGGGCAAGAUGAAGAAACUUACUGUGAAUGCCAGCGUCGUUCACGAAUGGACUCUAAAAGGAAGCAAUAUGCUUUCGGAAAUGUCCGAGGCAUUCGGCGUCGCUGAGCUCACGGAUUCUACUGGCCAGGUUUUGGCGAGCGGACCCGCCUUCAACGAGAUCUGCUAUGGCUCCCUCGGCUGA